AUGGCUUCAGCAGAAGAGCUGAGACAGGAGGGGAAUACUGCUUUCACGGCAGGGCGCUACCAAGAGGCACUGACGCUUUACGAGCAGGCCAUUGCGUUGGACGCGGAGAAUGUUGAUCUUCUUAACAAUGCCGCGGCCGCCAGUCACUCGCUGGAGAAGUAUGACGACGCCAUCAUCUAUGCGAGGCGCUCGUUGCGUGUCCGUGACAACUUCAAGGCGCAUACACGGGUGGGGGCAGCACUGUGGGCCUUAAACCGACUGCCUGAAGCAGCCAUGGAGUACGAGCGGGCUGCGGCAUUGUCGCCUGGGAAUCCAAGUGUCGAACAGAGCCGGCAGAGACUUUCGCAAUUGAUAACAAGCUCCUUGGGCGGCGGUGGCGGUGCCACGCUUCCUCCCAGUUCUCCUGGGAAGAUGGGAGUGUGCCUCGACGCUGCCAGUGUAGCAGUCGCGGUGUUGACGAUGCUCUCGCUAUUUUUCAUGCCCAGGCUAGCUGAAACUAUGUGGACUGUAUUGCUGGUUCUGACCAUCGCGCAGCAAGCAAGCAUUGCACGCUCACAAGGUCUUCUUCAGGCGUCUAAGGAAGUCCUCUUGAAGUGGGCCGAUCACCGCUGUACACUGGAGUUGCUGCUCUGCGCCUUUGCCUUACUUGCCAAGGCGGGGCCCCAGAUGCUGCUGGUAACUUCACUAGGAGUCUACAGUGCGUUGAGUCUGGCGUCUAAUCACACGACACUUUCGAACAUGUCGCCGGCUCUGUACCGUCUUUGUUCGUCGUAUCUGCAGAAGGUUUUAACCGAGCGGGCCAUGGUUGCCAACUACGCUGCAACCUUGGAGGCCAUCAUGCUCUUUACCGUCAUGUUCUCAGGCGGGGCCAUUUUUACUCUUGUCUACAUUCAGUACGUUAAAAAUAUAUAUCGAAUUGACAGCAACACCAAACUUGCCUUCACAGGUCUGCGAAUGAACCUCUCACGUCUUACCCGUCUGCCAUACAUGCCUCUUUUUGUGGAUACCUAUGCGCAGAAGUUCUGUGACCUGCUUUAUACGGUUUCCCAACAGCCCUUUUGA